CUUUGUUAGUGAAACCGCAGUUAAAGUCGCAUGUAAUUUUAGUUACUUUUAUCACAUUAUUAAUUAUGAAUAAGUAACAAAACAAAUUAGUGGUAUAAAACAGAGUCGACUCUUAUUAUUCGUUCAUAAUUUAAUCACAAAUUAUCACGAGUGGUUUGACAAUGGCGAAGAAACUGCACUAUUUCGACAUCAAUGGCGUGGCAGAGGGAAUCAGAUACAUACUGCAUUAUGGGAAAGAGAAGUUUGAAGAUGUGCAAUACGAGUACAAGAAUUGGCCCAUGAAAGAUGUGAAGGAUUCAUUGCCAUAUGGUCAAUUACCAUUAUACGAAGAAGGCAACCGUUCAAUCAACCAGUCACUCGCCAUUGCUCGGUACGUGGGCUAUUUGCACAAUUUGGUGCCCUCUGAUCCAUGGGAGCAAGCCGUAUUGGACGCCGUAGUCUACAACAUAUACGAUUUCUGGCAAAAAGUGUUGGUGUACAUCAGAGAAAAAGAUUUAUCGAAGAAACAAGCCCUCAAAAAAGAGUUUCUAGAAGAUACUGUAGAUUAUUUCUUUUCUAGAUUUGAAAAAGAAUUACAGAAGAAUAAAGGAUUCUUCCUUGGAAAGUUAACCUGGGCAGACUUCGUGUUCGUGGGGAUAGUGGAAGCAACUAACCUUUUCCUGGGCGAGGAGAUCGAACGCAAGUAUCCCAACACGGUGGCCCUUCUGAACAAGAUUAGAUCCUUGCCAGGAGUGAAGGAGUACAUUGCCAAAAGGAAACCAUAUAGAAUUUAAUUAUAAAUAUUUCAAUAAGAAACGAUUUCUUUGUUGUAUAGCUAACUGAUCAAUGUCUUUUGUAGCAAAAUAUCUACCUGUGGGAUACGAUAUUCUACAAAUAAUUAUUAUUUUUGUUAAAGAACAAAUUAUAUUUAUAAUUACGUGCAGCUUUAUAUAACAGUUUAUAACAUUUUUUUUCACCGUUUACAAAUGCUUGUUAAAUAAAUGUUCCUAGUCCAAAUUGUUCUUUUAAAUUAACUUACUUUAAAUUGUUAAAUAAAAAGAUUUUUUUUAAAAAAACAAUGCUUUUGUUCAAAAUUUAUACGUAGGUACUAAAAAAAAAAAAAAAUAACGGUGGCUUAACGUGCUCUUCGAGGCACUGGGGAGCAAAACCACCAAUUUCCGAACUCCGCACUGAGAAUUUUCAAACAUUCGAACCCAAAACCUCGUGAUCGGAAGCCAGAUAGUCUAACCACUGGACCAACGAGGUAGCUUUAUUCAAAUGUACUGAAAAAACAAGUAAUUUAAUUAAAGAUUGUACGAGUAUAUA